GCCAAUCGCCGUCAAGUCGAAAGCGCUAGAGCUCGCCGAAAAAUUGUCGAAAAAGCUUAAUCGGAGGGGCUGCACGCCAGUUCUGAGGCCCCGAAUAAACGUAGGAAGGUCCGGCAAAUUCAUUUUUCCCAAGCAAGAACAAAGGAGCACCACCUUCCUGGGUAGAUCGAGGCAAAAUCGCCGUCAUCACAUCCGCUGCCAUGGCUCAGUUAGAGCUUGAUCCGCUGUUCCUCAAGGCCCUGCGACUGCUACACUCGAAAGCCAAGGACUCAGCUGAGCAGCUGCGGCAGCUCAUCGAAGACACGCUCGUACAACGCCAGGGCGCAAGUGGAGGCUCUACGGGGAGGGAUACCAAGACACUGCUCACCACCAUCAAGCUGGAGAGUGAUGGCAAAGCACACCUUUUGGGACGGCGGCAGUCACCAAAGCAGGACACCGGAACUGGCAACAAUGGAGGUCCACCUGCCCUGUCGGCCAUCCGAAGCCUAUCCAGCGAUGAGCCAAGGCGGAAGGACCCCCCACCUCUAGAGUGCAAGCCACCUCCUCUUCCUAUCUCGGCGACAAAGGCGGAUACCCCGUCGCCUGUCUUAGAGGUGAGUGGUUUGUUAGAAGCCAAACGUGCCCGCACCGAGUCACCACAACUAGCCUCAUCCCAGUCCGCUUCGCCAGCUAGUCGUCUUGCCUCAUCCUCCUCCCCAGACUCGAGUAGCGACGGAGAGGACUUCACCGUCGACAUGGGUCAAGUCUGUGUAAUGUGCAACCAGCAAGAUGUAACUGCCAAGAACCAGCUGAUCGAGUGCCAAGAGUGCCACUGCCUCUAUCACCAGGAGUGCCAUAGACCGCCGGCUACCGACUACGAUGUCAACGACCCUCGCCUCGUUUGGUACUGUGCCAGGUGUACGAAAAACAUGAAGAAAAUGACCAUCAAGCCUCCCAAGCCAGCAUCGAAGGUACCCUUUGGGGUUCCACGAGAGCUGACACCACCAAGCAAACCAGACACGCCUCCACCACUGACGUCUCAGCCAUUCAAGCGCGCUGAGCUGAAGGUUCCUGCACUGUCUUCCUCUGCCGGCCCAAACAAGCCCAUCGGACUCGCCGGCCUCGCCGCAAACCUGAGCAAACCGAAGCCGCUGAAGCCGAUGGGUUCCACAGUGCAGCCGCAGAAGCCGCUGCCCACCGCAUUCCAGAAUCUCUCGAGCCUAGCCGCGGCUGCUACUGCCUUAAAGUCCGGCUCCUCUACCGCCGGAUCCUCCAAAGGUAAUAACGGAGGCAACGGCAGUUCUUCGUCAUCGAGCUCCUCCGGCCCGUCGCCGCCAGCACUCGUCCCUGUGAGCACCGCAGGCGGCAACGGGAAGUCGGCAUCCUCAUCUCUACUUAUGUCUGCGGACAAGCGGCUGCAAAUAAUGAAGAAGAAAGCCGCAGCAAAGAUGCAGGAAAAGCGACGAGUAACGUCGAAGUAGUGCGAUUUCUUUUUUUUUUUUCUCUCUUGUCUUCUUUCUCUGCGGCUGGCUCCGGAGUUCGGUUUGCGCGGGACGCUGUUGUGACUCAAUGGUGUCAACCCCGUGACUGCAUUGAUCUAAAAGCGCCACACGUCUGGAACUUCUGGCCAAAUGGGACAUCAUAGACUAUGUGUUGUCCGUUCUUUGGCUUGAUGGAUAAUAUAACAAUUAGUCUUUUUUGUUUGCUCGAUAUCUAGCCACGUUGCGACCACCUUGCCAGUCGACCAUGAUAACAAGGCAAGGCAUCUGCUGUGAACAUCAUGUGCUGCGCCGACAGUGCAGCUUGUUGUGCGGAGCGUCGUGGAACAUUCAUUUUGACGUAAGAAGCAAGUUUGAACUGGUGGGAAUGUCGUGCUGCAUUUAAUGACGCUUGCUGCUUAAAGUGUCAGGAUUUGUGCACCUUAUUGUGCACUGUUGUUUAUACGAGGUACCCGGUAAAUGCGUAAUGAGCAGUGACUGUUAUAAUAUUGUACACCAUAUUGUUGCCGAAAAAACACUGAUUUCUAAUGAAUCCUGACUCGCUGGAUCUGUUGCCAUGCAACUGUGGCAAGUUGCAAGUCUUUUGUGCGCUUAUUAUUGUGACGAGCUACCACGGAUGUACACGUGUCAGUCCAGCACGAUGCAUGUACCAAGUCCAUGACUGGACAUCCCUUCUCCAUUCUGAAGGAAACAGCGACUGCUGUAUUUCGAGGCCAUCACUGAACUGCACCUAGAGCUUGGGUGACAGAGUGAUUACAUCACACAGUGAAACCUCACUCGGUUAGAGAGUUCAAUGGUAGUUCAUCUGGUGGGGCAGGUACCGCACAAGAUGGUGAAAUUUUAAAGUUUUAGCCACCACAAGACCUUGCUUGAACUAUUUUAGUCCUAUUAGCCCCAAAACAUCUUGGCAAAUUCAAAGACUGCUUCAAGGUUGUCAAUUCAGUCAUGUCCAAGCUUAUAAAGAGGGGAUGCUUACCACUGGGUGAAACAGUGAGACAAACAAUGCAUCUGGUUGAAAUGCCACUGUGGUGAAGUCAGUGAACGAACGAAGUCACUGAUUUCCAAGCACAAAAGAGGUGCGUUAACCUAGUACUUAUAAUGGACCUUUCCCUGUAUGUGUUUGCCGAUUGGUUGAGAGCAGAUGAUGCAGAAACAACACAUCGCUAGUGCAUUAAUUGCUCUUAGUCCAGGAUUAUAGAUGUCAAGGGCACAGUCACAGACUGACUAUCUUAUCUAGUCAGCCCUCUCUAGUGCUGGAGAGUGAUUUGUUGAGUGCUUUCUGUAUGUAAAAUUUCCAAGUCAGUUUGAUCUGUUCCCCGCACCAAGCCUUGGUCGUCAAAUGGUGAUAUGGAGCUGUUCCCGGUGUCGUUAGAUUGCAGAAAAGUAUGAUGUGCCAGAAGCAAUGGUCUGCUCCACACGAAAAGUGAAUUAAGGAAGCAAUAAUGCCUUUUAGAUUUCAGUCAUCCCGUAGGUUUGACAUUUCUUUAGCAUUCCGGCACUCACAGAAUGCUUACAUUUGAAAUACAAGCCCACGUGUUAAUGUUUCGUUAACUUUCUAUGAAGCACCAUCUCGGCAACAUUUUCCCGUAAUGCCGAAGGAAUGUUGAAAUUAUGCUGUAUUACAUAACGAGGAAGUAUUUCCCCUAAUAGUAGACAACCCUGCGCCUUUGACAUAGCCGAGAGCCAUCCUGCGCUUUGCUUUUACUUUCAGUGCUGGCACAUGUAGUCAAGGAAUGGUUUUUGAUGGGCAUAUGCAGCAGCCAGCGCUGAAGGUCAGCUUUCCCAUGUUUUGUCAAGAAAUGUCAAGAGACAUAGACAUUAUAGUUAAAGAAAGGCACCUUGGACAUCCAGUUGCAAGGCAUUUCUUUACGUUGCCCAGUGCUUGGCUGUGAGUAUCCGUCAUCUGGUUCACUACGCACACGUGUAUGUCUAGAGUGAGAGCACACAAUAUCAUUUUUACCCAUGAGCCUUUAAGUGAAUGUCGAGCUGGGUGGUAAAAGCAUUAAACUGCCUCAACACGAGUGGAAUUGAGCACAGCGUGAAGGACUAUGUAAGCUCUGGACAGACAAAAGGCAUUGUCAUACGUUUGCAAACAGUUCUUCACGAAAACAUUUUGUCGUCCCAUGCAGCAUGUACUAUAACGGACAAAUGAAAUACGUUGGGGCUAACUGGAGCACCAUCCUUUUAUUCCCCUACUCACCAUUUCAUGUGAUGCUUGCACAAUUUCAGCUGUACGUUUCAUUUAGGUCCUACAGCAUCUUUGGUGACCAGCACAACUGAGUUAUUACUCGUACGAAGUGGUCUACUUUAUAGUUUCGUGUUCACGUUCCAUUUGUUCAUAUAGUGCAGUGCUGAAUGAUUGAAACACAAUAAUCCAAGCACAUGGAGCUUGGUAAAUUUUGUGACUCAUCUUCAUUUAGAGGGCAACAUUCUACUCAUUGUAAGCUCGAGGUGAGAGGUAUGAGAGUGAGAGAGCGAUUAGUGCAUUUUUCACCGUCUUCGUAACUGCAUACAGGGUUCAUAAGCAUAUACAAAGUUGUUCACUCACGGGAAGAAUACCUCACUGCUAUUCAGACUUAUCCUUCAUUGAUAGUCAUCUGGCCUAGAAAAUCAUAACCGCCCUUUUGUUUUUUGUUUUUUUUUUUGUAAGGAAAUUUUAUAGUUACAUUUAACUGAAUAUUGUGCUUUUAUUUUUUCCCAUUUAAUGGAUAAUCCAGUAUGCUUCACAGCACAAAAAGUAUGGAAGUCAAACACCUGCAUUAUGUCCCAUUUUUCUACGACUAUACAGAAAACGAACUCUAUAGUGAUGCGAGAAAUAGUCAUACGUGUGCAAAUUGCUCAUUGCUGAAACAUUUUGUCAUCUUGCACAUCGUUGCCUGCUUGCUGUGAUCAAAGUGGGGCACAGAAUGUCACGGACAGAAGACAUUGAGGUACAGUGCGCACCGUCUGUCACGUGGUGCCCGUUCGGCAGGAUUCACUGGAUUGUGUGUUGUUGGAAGACUGACGUAGAUUGUGCUCGCCUGCUCAGAUCGCCCAGUGAAUACCGCCGAAAUGAGAACUCUUCACUCGGACUCUGUGGAGUGUCUUGAGACAUUGUCUUCACGACACGGCACAACGUGAAAUGUGCUUGCUGCCCGGUGCAUUACUCUUUAGUACAGUGCACUGUUAAUGUUUCAGCCAGUCUGUAUGCUGUCACUGUUGAACAGAAUUCCAUUACGCUGGAGACAUAGGUGGCAGCAGGGCUGGUAGCGCCACCUUGUGAUGCUUUGUUCAACCACAAUGCACAAGAAACAUUGCUGUGUUGCAAGAGUGUCCUCACCAAAGGAAAAUAAAAGAAGGAGAGCCACAAUGCGUACUUCAAUGACUAUACUGCUGGCAAGGCAUUUGCAGCAGCAGCUAAGUAGCUUGUAUUUUGCCACUGAUGUAACAGUUCUGUGCACUGUAGUUGGACUAAGUGCCACAAGAUGGCACUGCUAUCAUAAUGGCCAUAUUUUUCAAGGGCUUUAAGUUGCCCAUGUCUGUGUAUCCAGUAGUUCGCUAACCCAUAAAUGGUAAUAAGUAUAUGGACAGGGCUAAACACUCUUAGUGUCAUGACAGGACAAAGCUGAUGGCUGGUGUGUAAACCACAGGUGUCAUCUGCAGUUUACAGAAAGCUAUACACCAUAGGGUUUCUUACAAAAACCACUAGAGGCGUUAGUGUCUAUGGGAGUUGCAAGCAAUGGCGGCUCUGCCAGCGUGGGAAAGAUGGGUGGUUAAAUGGAUUUGGAUAAACUUCGUUACUCUGACUUCAAACGGCUUUGCCACUUCUCAAAUUGAUCAUUUUCUGCAAAAUAUUGCAUUAUAAGUGCCACGAUUCGCAAUGAUUACGACUGUGCAAAAAGAAA